AUGUUUCGAUUAUUUUCUUUAAGUUUAUUUCUUAUUGUGAUAAGAAUUGUUAAUAGUGAUUCCAUAAAUGAAUCUUUGAAUUGGGCUGAAGUAACAGGCACACGAUUAGUUAGUUGUUAUUAUCAUAAUCUAACUGGAUUAAUGCUAAAUGAAGAAAAAUGGCAAAGUGGAAAUACAUUAGAAUCAUUAGCUAAUUUAAUAUCAAUUAUUGAUUCACCAUUAAAAUAUAUAUUUAAUCGUACAUUUAUAAGAACUGAUAAAUCUACAGGUGGAAAUUGUUAUGAUGAUCAUCAAUGGUGGUUAUUAGCUUGGAUACAAAUAUAUCAAGUAGAUCCAAAUGUGAAAUAUUUACACCGUGCUAAAGAUAUUUAUGAUACAAUAACAAAAGAAGCAUGGUCAAAAAAUCAAUGUUCAGGUGGAUUACGAUGGUGUCCAACGCGUACAUAUAAAAAUGCAAUUACUAAUGAAUUAUUUUUAUCAAGUAGUAUGCGUUUACAUCCUUAUACUUCAAUACUUGGUAAAUCAUCUAAUUAUUAUCUUGAUUGGGCAAUUAAAGAAUGGAAUUGGUUUGAAAAUAGUGGAAUGAUUAAGAAUUAUUAUUUAAUCAAUGAUGGACUUACAUCUCAAGAUAAAUCUUCUCUAAAGAAUUUUAUUUCUUCAAAUGAUAAUAAAUGUAUAAAUAAUAAUGGAACAACAUGGACAUAUAAUCAAGGUGUGAUUUUAUCUGGUUUAGCAUUAUUAUAUAAUGCAACAAAUAAUAUAACAUUAUUAAAUAUUGCACAAAAUAUUGCAGAUGCAACAAUAGAAAGAUUAAUUUAUUCAAAUGGAAUAUUAAAAGAAGAGUGUGAACCUAAUAAUUGUGAUAAUGAUCAAAAAUUAUUUAAAGGAAUAUUUAUUCGACAUUUAGGUUAUUUAAUACCAUUUAUUAAAGAUUCGUCUUAUAAAAAUAAAUUUAUUUCAUUUAUACAAAAUAAUACAAUAUCAAUUUUAACUAAAAGUCGAUGUGAAAUCGAUGGAUUAUUUGGUUUAUUAUGGAAUAAUAAUUCAUCUUCGAGUUGUCAAUCAGUUCGAAAUACUGCUACAACAUCAGGUGCAUUAGAUUUAUUUACAACUCUCGUCAAAACUAAACAAUCAACAACAAUAAUAACAUCAUCAAAAUUUAUUUUAUUUGGUCUUGGAAAUUGUAUCGAUGAGAAAAAUUCGUCAAUGCCGAAUUUUUAUAGUAAUAGAGUUAAUGAAACAAUAUGUUAUUUAACAGCUAUGAAUGAUAAAAGUGCUAUUGCUUUUGAUUAUCAAUUAAAUUGUAAUGGAAAUCAGUUUUGUCGUAUAAGAACAUUAUCUGAUAAACAUCAAACACCUCCUGGAUUUAACUAUCAAGAUGGAAUUGCACGCAAUGUUACACAUACAAAUAAAAUUCCAUUAACAAAUUGUUAUAUAAGAAGAAAUAAUUUAUAA